AUGGUUCCAGGACAAUCUGUUUACAAUGAGAAGCGUAUUCCCAUUCCGAAUGAAGACGGAAGCAAAGUUGAAUACAGGAUUUGGAACCCUCAUCGCUCAAAGCUAGCAGCCGCAGUCCUAGGAGGUGUUAACAACAUCUGGAUUGUACCGGGGGCUAAGGUUCUUUACCUAGGAGCCGCUUCAGGAACCUCAGUCUCUCAUGUUUCUGACAUUGUUGGACCUACUGGAGUGGUAUAUGCUGUGGAAUUUUCGGCUAGAUCUGCUAGAGAAUUGGUGACCAUGGCACAGAAGAGAACAAAUGUUAUUCCAAUAUUUGAAGAUGCAAGACACCCUGGCAAGUAUCGGAUGCUCGUUGGCAUGGUCGAUGUCAUUUUCUCUGAUGUUGCUCAGCCGGAUCAGGCAAGGAUUUUAAGUUUGAAUGCAGAAUAUUUCCUCAAAAUAGGAGGCCAUUUUGUGAUAUCAAUUAAGGCAAAUUGCAUAGACUCUACUAAAGAUGCUGAGAAAGUGUAUGAGCAAGUAAGGAAUGAACUCAGGGAGAAUCAGCUAAAGGCUAGAGAAGGGAUCACGCUUUAGCCUUAUGAACGCCAUCACGCGUGUCUUAUUGGUGACUACCGAGUUCAGAAGAAACAAAACAAGUAAUAUUGGAGCCUGUUAGAACCUGAAUGUUAUUC